GCCACACCCCUGUUUCUUCCUCUCAGGGUUUUUGGUGUGACCUUUCACAGGGCUCAGUGAUGUGUUGCAGCCAGGGUGGCUGAUUUGGCUCAGAUCACCUGGAUUUGGGCGUCAUGACUCAGCAGGCAGUACUGGCUUUGCUGCUUACACUGGCCGGAAUCCCGCCUGGCCCCCUGCAUGCCCAAGAGGUACACCAGUUCCCCCAAGUCGUGAUCACCUCUGAAGGGGAUUCCAUCAACAUCACCUGCUCUACAAAAGAGGACCUAGAAGGGAUCUUUUUGAAGAAGAUCUGGCCUCAGGUUCACUAUGUGGUUUACUAUGAAGAUAAGCAGGAGUCCACAGUAGACCCGACCUUCUCAGGCCGAAUUGAUUUCUCUGGUUCCCAGAAGAACCUGACCAUCAUCAUGCGCUUCCUCCAGCCAGCAGACACUGGAGUCUAUACCUGCGAGGCUGUCAGGAGAGUCAGUGUCUGUGGCUCGUUCACCAUGGUUGUGGUGAGAGAAAAACAAUCCCAAAAAGCAUACAGAUCCCAGGAACCUCUGCAGACAUCAGUUUCCCUCCCAGCUGCCAUUGCUGUAGGCUUCUUCUUCACCGGGCUGCUCCUUGGGGUGGUGUGCAGCAUGCUGAGGAAGACACAGAUCAAGAAACUGUGUGUCUCAGGGAAGAAGGACUCUCCGUGCGUAGUGUAUGAAGACAUGUCCUACAGCAACCGCAAGACUCCAUGCAUCUCCAACCAGUACCAGUGAACCCCUCUGCCUGCAGUCCCCCAUGCCUUGUGUCAGCAGAGCUUACAGCAGUCCUGCUGACACCCCCCCCUCCCAACUCCCCAGCACCCUCUUGGUGCUUCUGGGUGGGUGGGAUUCCUUCUCUGUAAGCUUCCCUGCAGGGCUCUGCAAUCUGUCACCAACCCUAGCCAGGUACCCAUGACAUCAGGAGCAAAGCUUGGGGAGGCGGGGACAGUACCUGCCUUGGAGCAGCCUGACCAGGAAAAAUUAAAUAAACUAAACUAACAAAUACAUAAACAAA